AUGGCAGAGAGUGAGCGUCCUGUGUCUGAGUUAUACCCACCAGAGGGCAGUGUUUCCCUUGACUCUGCCCUCAUUACCGACCCCUUUCUACCCCUCUCCCAGAGCUCCACAGACGGGCUGACAGGUCACCCGAGGCAGGAGGAACUCAGGAAGAGCUCCAGCGAGCAUACAGCUCUAUGCUCUAACAGAGACAGAAAAAAAUACAGCCAGGGGCCUACUCAGGCUGUCCAGCACACCAUCCAACAACACACACCUGACCAUGUGGACCCCAGGACUGCUGUUCGCCCUCACAGUAUGGCUGAGUCAUCAUACACAGCCCAUCGCCAUGAAGAGGGCAUCACCAGCUAUGGUCACCAAGCCAGCGGGGACGUGUUAUCAGCCUUCGGAGAGAGCCAGGAGCCCUACCCCUCGUCAUCAUCCCAGAAAGACCUGAGAGGACUCGAUCUGUCCAGGCUGCCUGUCCAGAGGAGUCACUCAGAUACCCUCCACAUGCUCAGGGAGGUCCCUGCCCCCCCACCCCGCAGUGAGACCAGCUGCCCUUUGUAUCCAGGGAGAGACUACCUUUUCCAGGAUGCCUCUCCUCAGGCCUUCUCCAGGUUUGCCUGCAAGCAGCCCAUGCAGGUCCAGAACUGCAACCCUGUCAACACCACCUGCAGAGGGGGAAAUGGUGGAGGAGGCAGCCCCACACAGCAGCCUCAGGCCGGGAGUGUCAGGGUCGGUGCCCCUGGCCCCUCUAACACAGCCACUGAGGUCGGCGAUGAGACCCAACAACAACAUUCAUGUGAGGAGGCCAUCUGCUAUUGCGCUUUUGUCCACCACCACGGGGCGUUGGAGGACACGUUUGCGGCGUACUGCCACCCCCAGCCCAUCCUCGCCCCUGCCCAGCUGCUGCCACGCUUUCCAGGCACCGAAGCUAAGUUCAGGGACCAGAGGGUGCUGCCACCUCACCCGGCACCUACCCUCAUCUCUCUCCCUUGCCUCAUGUCCUCCGUCAGUGAGACAGGACUGGAUGCCAAGCGCCUGCUGCAAUGCUGCAACCUCAAUUGCAACCUCAACUGCUCCUGGGCCAACACUCUGCCCCCUAGUGGAGCCCUGCAGCAGCAGGAGUAUAGCUGUCCUAGCAGCAACAAUAGAGCCACCAGGAACACAGGGACUAUGACAUCCCACAGGGAGCUCAGGGACGUGGGGGUGCAGACUGGGCAGAUCCACGAGGCACGCCUGGCCCAUAUGUUCCCCCAGGUCUGCCUGGUGGAGAAGAACAGGAACGAGAAUGGGAACGAGAGCGGGAAUGAGACGGAUACAUCCCAGAAGUCCCCAGUGAAGGAGGUGAAGUGGGACGCGGAAGGGAUGACGUGGGAGGUGUACGGGGCGUCUGUGGACCCUGAGGAGCUGGGUCUGGCCAUCCAAAAGCACCUGGAGCUGCAGAUCAAGGAGACGGCUGGCCGCGCUGCUAACCUUUCCUGCCAGGAUACGGCCACGUCCAGGAAGAGCAGUAGUGGCGCCGGUGGCAGGAAGAAGAGGGGAGGGGUGAUGGGCUCAAUCAGGACCCCAGCCUGCUGCGCAAGCUCCAGCACGGCUGUGGACUGA